AUGGGUAUACUCGUUAACGGACUGCUAUCUUUGCAGAUGGGUAUACUCGUUAACGGACAGCCACCUGAGCAGAUGGGUAUACUCGUUAACGAGCGGCCACCUGAGCAGAUGGCUAUACGUGUUAUCGGGCAGCCACCUGAGCAGAUGGGUAUACUCGUUAACGAGCAGCCACCUGAGCAGAUGGCUAUACGUGUUAACCGGCAGCAACCUGAGCACAGGGGUAUACUCGUUAACGAACAGCCACCUGAGCAGAUGGCUAUACGUGUUAAUCGGCAGCCACCUGAGCAGAUGGCUAUACUCGUUAUCGGGCAGCCACCUGAUCAGAUGGGUAUACUCGUUAAAGAGCAGCCACCUGAGCAGAGGGGUAUACACGUUAUCGGGCAGCCACCUGAGCAGAUGGGUAUACUCAUUAACGAGCAGCCACCUGAGCAGAGGGGUAUACUCGUUAUCGGAAAGCCACCUGAGCAGAUGGGUAUACUCGUGAACGAGCAGCCACCUGAGCAGAUGGGUAUACUCGUUAUCGGGCAGCCACCUGAGCAGAUGGGUAUACUCGUUAACGGACUGCCAUCUGAGCAGAUGGGUAUACUCGUUAACGGACAGCCACCUGAGCAGAUGGGUAUACUCGUUGUUAACGAGCGGCCACCUGAGCAGAUGGCUAUACGUGUUAACCGGCAGCCACCUGAGCAGAUGGCUAUACGUGUUAAUCGGCAGCCACCUGAGCAGAUGGCUAUACUCGUUAUCGGGCAGCCACCUGAUCAGAUGGGUAUACUCGUUAAAGAGCAGCCACCUGAUCAGAUGGGUAUACUAGUUAAAGAGCAGCCACCUGAGCAGAGGGUUAUACACGUUAUCGGGCAGCCACCUGAGCAGAUGGGUAUACUCGUUAACGAGCAGCCACCUGAGCAGAGGGGUAUACUCGUUAUCGGGAAGCCACCUGAGCAGAUGGGUAUACUCGUGAACGAGCAGCCACCUGAUCAGAUGGGUAUACUCAUUAUCGGGCAGCCACCUGAGUAG